UUUUGUUUUUGCUGCUUGCUCUUAGACUAUGAAAUAUUCCUUUUGUGUUAUUAUUGAAGUGCAUUUCUGUUGAUUUCCUGCACAUUUUUUUAUAUAUUUAGAAAGGAGAAAGUUUAGUGAUUACGUAAUCAUUUUGAGGUUAUUCAAGUGUCAAAGAAAGUUGAACACGUGUGUGUGCAUUGACUUCCAUAGUUGGAAAUUUGAAUAAUUUUGUGUGCAUUUUCUAUAAUUUGUGUCGCCUUGAAACUUUUAUUAUUAUUUUGAACGUUUUACAAUAUUUUUUGGAAAACUAAAAGUUGCCUGCACUUGUAAGCAAAAGUUUACCAGGGUUUUGAUUAAAAGUAGUUGCACUGACUUUCAAAUUUGCCAGAGCUUUAUCAUUGUGUUACUAGAUUUUAUAUUUAGCUUAGAGCCAGCAAGCAUUUGGUUUUUGUUUUUUUUUGUGGCUUGUAACUCUAAGACUGUUUAGGACACAUAUUUUUUUUGUUUUGUGUUUGGACUUUGGCAAGUUUAGAAAGAAUAUUAGAUUUUGUCAGUCAGCUGACUGUUUUAAAAGGUAACUCAAAUAAAACAAGGUUCGAAUUUUUUUAAAAGAAAAUUUAUAGUUUAAAGUACACACUUUUACAUAAUAGAGCAUUGUAAUACCAGUAUUCUCAAGAAUUAGAUUCACAUUUAGCAAAAUGGAGAGAAAUAUUCAGUUUCACGCAUUAUUGAAAGAUGAGCUGACUUAUGAGGUGAAAAUUCGUUCAGAGACUCCCGCCAGUACAGUAGAUGCUCUGAGGAAACAGCUUCGGGUUCUUGUUGUCGAGGCUCCAAGCGAAGACAUUUUAGAAACUUCGCUAGCGGCAGACACGGAAUUGGAUAUUGUGGCUAGGAAGAUUGAUGAUUUGUCGUCCUUUGUCGCGAAGUAUAGUGAGUCCAAGGAGAGGUAUGCCUUGAGCCGAGCGAAGGCAUUAGGGUACCAUAUUUAUCAUCGUCUCGCUAGGAUCCAGCCCGAAGAGGAUGACCAGGCACUGUUGCUUACGAAGUGCAGUUUGCAGUCCAGGCUGGAGAGUCUGCUGGCGGAAAUUGAAGGUCCACUUGCGGGAACUACAGCACCAGUUUGUGCCGCUGAGGGUUCGAACCCAAGUGCUUCAGCUUCGGCCGGUAGUUCUGAAAUGCCAAUAGAUAGUUUUAGAGAAAUGCGUGUACAAUGCUCGAGUGACUUGAACAUUUCUAAAUGGCAAGUCAAGUUUAAUGGAUUGACAGACCCGCGCUCAUUUUUGGAGCGUGUGGAAGAAUUAAAGGAGGCAAAUGGUGUGUCAGAUUCCAAAUUAUUUAAGGCCGCGCCUCACUUGUUCAUUGAUGGUGCUUUAUUAUGGUUCCGUGGUAUUAAGAGUUCGGUUUCAAGCUGGCAAGAGUUAAAGUCACUCUUGUUAGAUGAGUUUGUCCCUGGUGAUUAUGAUUUUAGGUUGAAACAGGAAAUUCAGGCUAGGACACAGGGCGAAAACGAGCCCAUUCAUUUGUAUUUUGCAGUAAUGUCAGGAAUGUUUGCUAGAUUAAAGUCAGACUUACCGGAGGAAGCGAAGCUUGACAUCUUGUUGCACAACAUUCGACCACAUUUUACACAGCAGUUAGCAUUGGUAGACAUCCAUUCGGUCGCCGAACUGAAGACUUAUUGUCGAAAGGUUGAGUUUUCACAGCAAAGGGCGAAGUUAUUUGUAGAACCGCCGAAGGUUAGUGAACAUACACUUUGUCGCGAUCAUGUGUAUAAGGCCUCCAGUUCCAAACAUCAACAAGUAAACGCUAUUGCUGAAAAACAAAGCUUCGCGAGGAAGUCUGACGGUUCGGUGCCACAGUGUAACACUUUGCAACAGAGAAAGCAACAUUUGUUGCAAAAAUUUUGUCAGGUACUACCAUACCGGACAAACACAGAAAUAGUACGUUUUUUUUUUGUAUUUUGUUAGCGUAUCGUUUAGGUAACGCGUCGUUAGGCUAAAUACCUAACG